CUCCUCCAUUUCUCCAUCCAUCCAUCCAUCUCGUGUUAGCUUCGUUUUUCUUCUUCCUCCACCCAAAGUAUCCAAGGAGUGUGGAAGGCCACACGCCUAGAUUAGCAUCUAUGCUAAUCUGAUUAGCAAGAGGAGAGCUUGAUUAGCAAUAGGAGAGCUUGAUUAGUUGAGUAGUGUGUAGUGAUCAGAGGAGAAGAUGUUGGCUGUGUUCAGCGGCGACGUGGUGGAGGUGCCGGCGGAGCUGGUGGCCGCCGGGAGCCGGACGCCGUCGCCGAAGACGCGGGCGUCGGAGCUGGUCAGCCGCUUCCUGGGCGGCGCCGAGCCGGCCGUGUCCGUGGCGCUGGGCGACCUCGGCCACCUCGCCUACUCCCAUGCCAACCAGUCCCUCCUCCGCCCAAGGUCCUUUGCAGCAAAAGAUGACAUCUUCUGCUUGUUUGAGGGAGUCUUGGACAAUCUUGGCAGCCUGAGCCAGCAGUAUGGCCUGUCCAAGGGUGCCAAUGAGGUGCUCCUUGUGAUCGAGGCAUACAAGACCCUGAGAGACAGAGCACCCUACCCUGCUAGCUUCAUGCUCUCGCAGUUCACUGGGAGCUAUGCAUUUGUGCUGUUCGACAAAUCGGCCUCCACCGUCCUUGUGGCCUCUGAUCCGGAGGGCAAGGUGUCUCUGUUCUGGGGGAUAACUGCUGAUGGAUCUGUUGCCUUCUCUGACGAUAUUGACCUACUUAAAGGAUCGUGUGGCAAGUCACUUGCACCUUUCCCACAAGGUUGCUUCUAUUCCAAUGCUCUUGGAGUUGGAGGCUUGAAGUGCUAUGAGAACCCAAAGCACAAGGUGACCGCUGUUCCUGCAAAUGAAGAAGAAAUUUGUGGUGCAACCUUCAAGGUGGAAGGAUCUACAAUCCUCACAGCUCUGCAUUAGGAGAUUUUGGUCUCCAGCCGUUGUUGGGAAUGAAAACCUCUCUAGUCUGUACAUGGUGGUGUAACAUAGCCGCAAGGAAUGCAUCUGAUCUGUAUCAUCAUCUUCCAUAAAAAAGAAGAGCUGCCAGCAUGCAUGGGUAGCACUUCAGUGUUUGGGUGUGUGUAUGAUCUGUAUGUAUCCCUGCUGUUCAAGCGGAAAUGAACUUCAGACCGGCCCUUUGCAAAUAAGCUCUCCUUGUUUGACUGUUUUGUCAUCA